AUGGCUGGAGACGCGCCCGCCACGCGCAAGUGCUCUAGCAAAGACUGCGACAACGACGCCGGCCAGCUGCAAUGUCCAAACUGCCAGAAGCUGGGCAAAGAGAGCUAUUUCUGCUCGCAAGACUGCUUCAAGCGCAACUGGGCUGACCACAAGAAGUCGCAUAAGUCACAAACCACCGGCACCUUCAACCCCUUCCCAGCAUACCCGUAUACCGGAACCCUGAGGCCUGUGUACCCGCUGUCGGAGCGGAGGAAGGUUCCUGCAAGCGUGCAGCUGCCAGACUACGCAAAGGAUGGUAUACCUCGCUCAGAACAGAAGUUUGUUGGCAGGAACAAGAUUGCUGUGCUGAAUCCAAAGGAGAUUGAGGGCAUGCGCAAGGUGUGCAGACUCGCGCGAGAGGUCCUGGACAUUGCUGCCAGAGAGGCAAAGCCUGGUGUGACGACCGACUACAUCGAUGAGGUCGUACACAAAGCUUGCUUAGAGCGAAACUCGUACCCCUCACCACUGAACUACUGCCACUUCCCCAAGUCAGUGUGCACUUCGCCUAACGAAGUCAUCUGCCACGGCAUUCCCGACCAGCGCGUCCUCAAAGACGGCGAUAUCCUCAACAUCGACGUGACUCUCUACCACGGCGGCUUCCACGGCGAUCUCAACGAGACAUACUACAUUGGCGAGAAGGCACUCGCAGACCCAGACGCCAUCCGCAUAGUCGAGACAUCACGAGAAUGCUUGGACAAGUCUAUCGAGCUGGUCAAGCCAGGCAUGCUCUUCCGCGACCCUGGAAACGUCAUCGAGAAACACGCAAAGUCUCAAAAUUGCAGCGUCAUCAAGACGUACUGCGGGCACGGUAUCAACCAGCUGUUCCACUGCGCACCAAAUGUUCCACAUUACGCUAAGAACAAGGCUGUUGGAGAAGCGAAGCCGGGCAUGUGCUUCACUAUCGAGCCUAUGAUCAGUUUGGGUACGCAUAGGGAUAAGACAUGGCCGGACGACUGGACGAGUGUUACGGCAGAUGGAACCAGGACUGCCCAAUUCGAGCACACAUUGCUGGUCACGGAGGACGGCGUAGAAAUCCUUACCGCAAGAUUGCCAGACUCGCCAGGAGGCCCUGUAGCGCGGAUCGAGGCCUCGAAUGGCCAGGCGGCAACAGCAUCAGCAUAG